CUUUAUCACAAUCUCACUUCGAAACAAGUACAUGUUCUCCUAAUUCUCGUACGGCUUUGAUGGUGUGAGCAGCAUAUUGUGCCCUUAGGACCCCGAAUUGACUCGGCAGCUCAUCGCCAGCCACAUGUGCUUGAUGUGAAGGGCACGCUUCUGUGGUCUUCCCCUCGUCAUCAAAAAUACUCUGCCCCUGAGGCAAUACAGUCCAGUCCACGGCAGCAAAAUGGCAGCUACCGAACCUACGAGGCUUAGGCAGAUAGCUUUGAUUGCUGAAGAUCUUGACAGAGCUACGUACUUACUGACCACGGUACUCGGCACCGAAGUCGUGUUUGUGGAUCCACAAGUCGCACAAUGGGGACUCAAGAAUAUCCUAGUUGCAAUUGGCGGCGAUAUCAUUGAAGUCUGUUCUCCUUUCAAACCCGACACUACCGUCGGAAGAUUGCUCAAGAAGAGAGGCGAUGGCGGUUACAUGAUAAUCAUGCAAACUUCGGAUGCGGUCGCUCGUAAGCGAUACAUCGAGUCGAAACAGCUAGCAAAAGUCAUCUUUCACCAUUCCCACGGUGAUAGUGAAUGCAUUCAGUACCAUCCAAAAGGCAUAGCUGGAGGGAUGCUGCCAGAGCUGGAUUCUCAUACAGCCUCCCCUGCCAAUCCGGAACCGCUUGAGAAUACGUUUAGUCCAUGGCAUGCUUGCGGGCCUGAUUAUGCCAGAUAUUCUGAGGCAAUGAGACGUUGCUCACAUCUCAAACUGCUCGGAGCAACAUGCCGGCUUGCACCAGAUCAGCUGGACACUGAAGCCGCUGCCGAGCAAUGGCAACAAUACUUUGGUGUUAAAAGGGAUGGAAGUGAACUCCUUUUCACAAACGCACGUUUGAAAUUCGUCCCAGGCGCCGAGUCCCAGCCUGAAGGCCUAGACAGUAUUACAAUCGGAGUGGCGGGGAAAGAAAGGUUUGACCAGAUCCUGGAAGUUGUGAGCCGGGAAGGGCUUUGCGGUGAUGGAUGGACCAAUAUGUUAGGCGUGAAGUGGUACUUCGUGCUCAACGACCAAGAAGGUCAGGGCACAGAACACAGAAGCAGCAAGUUGUAGCCGAAGAUUGCCGGCCAUACCACAGAAGGCAACUGCAGCUCCGGCCCUUAGUUAUGGUGCCAUGAUAGCGAUCUCCGC